AUGAUCUCCUCGGCUGUGAUCAUCCCCGACGAGCCCGAAGCCUUGUCACCCACCUCUAACUCGACCCAUGAUCAGUCAACGUCCCUGAAAAGGCGCCAGUCAGAGCUAUCCGAGUCGCCAGAUCCAAACAAGCGGCCUCGCAUUGAUGCAGAGGGUGUAACCGCGCCAAAUCCUCAGAAUGGUGUUACAUCUCCAUCCUCAUCGAAUACUACGCGCAAUGCGACUUCACCUGUCGCGCCUUUUGCCUCAGAAGGGGCAGCAAUGUCGCCUCCACGUCGACGCCCAACCGCAAAGCUCGAUGAGAAAUCGCGCAACCGCCGACUGUUCGGCGCUUUGCUCGGCAAUUUAGCACAGCCAGCAUCGCGCACGAAACCCUCUGCGAAAGCCGGAACCACCACGACAUCCCCGUCGACGACCAGCCGUCGCGAAGACAUUGAAUCGCGGCAACGUCAACGCCUACAGCGCGAAAGUGAAGAGAUCUCACAACACGCACGGCGGAAGAAGGAAGAACUCAACAGCAAGCGGCGGGUCGAGCAGCGCCGUUGGGACGAGCAGGGCUUGCGGAUCAAACAUGCGAAUAUGCGUGCUACAGCGGGAUUUCUGAGGACGAAGGCGGAGCCGAGACUGUAUUAUAAACCAUGGGAAAUGAGGGGGCCGGAGGAGGACAUUGUCAAGCGACAGAAGGACGAUGUUGAGGAGGCAAUUAAACAAGAUUGGGAGGCAUGGGAGGUGGAGAAGCGAAGACAAGAGGAUGCUGAGCGGGAGAAGGAGAAAGCCGAUGCUAUGACCAAAGCUGGCAGCACAGAUGACUGUACAGAGGAUAAUCAUGUCCAAGUCACUUCUCGAGAUACGAAUGGCACGACCAAUGACAAAAAGACAUCCGACCAUGGACAGAGUCAGGAGAGACCGCCGUCGCGUUCAUCGAAUAGAGCAGUCUCUCCGGUUCGAUCUGUAUCAGUGGGAUCCAAAGGUCCAGGAAGCGACAGGCCUCAGUCGAGUAAGGGCGAUGAUCACGGCGGCGAAGAACUCGAGCUCGGGCAGGGCCAGGAGGACGAUGUCAUCUACUGA